CUCAUUCCUUGCACCUGGCCACUGUUUCGUUUCUCUGUUGAGAUCUGGCCUGUGUCUUGGACGAUUAGCGACUACGUGGUGUCCCCCGCGAGACUACCGUGAACCCAACCCCCCCGACCUGUGGCCCCGCCGCCGUCGCCGAAUUUUCGUUCGCGGGCGAUCCAGACUCCGUGAGCCUACAAUUAUCUCAACGUUACCCUCCCUAGGGUCAUAGGGAAACUUGAGAAAAAUGCCCCGCAAAGCGAUCGAUUCCCGGAUCCCCGCCCUUAUCCGCAAUGGCGUGCAGGAGAAGAAGCGGAGCUUCUUCGUCGUCGUCGGCGACCAUGCCAAGGAAGCCAUCGUCAACCUACACUACAUCAUGUCGAGCGUUGACGUUAAGCAGAAUAAGUCCGUCCUGUGGGCGUACAAGAAGGACCUGUUGGGAUUCACGAGUCACCGGAAGAAGCGCGAGGCCAAGAUCAAGAAGGAGGUGAAGCGCGGCAUCAGAGAACCGAACCAGGAGGAUGCGUUCGAGCUGUUCAUCACCCUCAACCAGAUCCGCUAUGUCUACUACAAGGAGACGGAGAAGAUUCUCGGUAACACCUACGGAAUGUGCAUUCUCCAGGACUUCGAAGCCAUGACCCCGAACCUGCUCGCCCGGACCGUGGAGACCGUCGAAGGUGGUGGUAUCGUGGUGCUGCUGUUGAAGGGCAUGAAGAGUUUGAAGCAGCUGUACACUUUGUCGAUGGACAUCCACUCCCGGUACCGCACCGAAGCACACGACGAUGUCGUCGCCCGGUUCAACGAGCGUUUUAUCCUGUCUCUCGGUAGCUGUGAUUCUUGCCUGGUCGUGGAUGACGAACUGAACGUUUUGCCGAUUUCCGGAGGAAAGCACGUGAAGCCGCUGCCCCCCGUCGAGUCCAUCGACGAUACCAACGUUGGCACCAAGAAGGAGCUGAAGGAGAUCAAGGAGAGCCUGGCAGAUGCUCAGCCCGUUGGUCCGUUGAUUAGUCUGGCUCGCACAGUCGAUCAAGCGAAGGCCCUCCUCACGUUCGUCGACGCCAUUGCCGAGAAGACGCUUCGCAGCACCGUUACUUUGACUGCCGCCAGAGGUCGCGGUAAGUCCGCCGCCCUUGGUGUCGCUAUUGCGGCUGCUGUGGCGCACGGUUACAGCAAUAUUUUCAUUACGUCUCCGAGCCCCGAGAACUUGAAGACCCUCUUCGAAUUCGUGUUCAAGGGAUUCGAUGCGCUGGGCUACCUCGACCACGUUGACUACACCAUCCUUCAGUCGACAAACCCCGACUUCAACAAAGCCGUUGUCCGGGUCAACAUCCACCGCCAGCACCGCCAGACGAUCCAGUACAUCCAGCCGCAGGAUGCCCAUGUUCUGGGCCAGGCCGAGCUUCUGGUUAUUGAUGAAGCUGCCGCCAUCCCUCUGCCUUUGGUCCGCAAGCUGAUGGGACCGUACUUGGUUUUCAUGGCGUCCACCAUCAACGGUUAUGAGGGAACGGGCCGGUCUCUUUCCCUGAAGCUGAUCCAGCAGCUCCGCGAACAGUCCCGGGGUGGCCUGAAGGCCAGUGGCCAGGAGGACAUCGAUGUUGCUGAUCGUGCCACGGGCAAGGCUACCAAGGGCGCCGAAAAGGGCUUGGGUGGACGGUCGUUGAGGGAAAUCACCCUUGCCGAACCCAUCAGAUACGCCCCCGGCGAUUCCGUCGAGAAAUGGCUGAACAAGGUCCUGUGUCUGGAUGCGACUCUGCCCAAGUCCCGGAUGAACACCCAGGGCUGCCCGCACCCGUCGCAGUGCCAGUUGCUCCAGGUCAACCGUGACACCCUGUUCUCCUUCCACCCCGUCUCCGAAAAGUUCCUCCAGCAAAUGAUGGCCCUCUACGUUGCCAGUCACUAUAAGAAUACCCCUAAUGAUCUCCAGCUCAUGAGCGAUGCGCCCGCGCACCAACUGUUUGUCCUUGUUCCCCCCAUUGACGAAGAAGCCACGAAGCUCCCCGAGCCCCUCUGUGUCAUCCAGGUCGCACUGGAAGGUCGCAUCAGCAGACAGAGUGUCCUCAACAGCCUGAGCCGUGGCCAGCGCGCUGGAGGUGAUCUGAUCCCGUGGCUUGUCAGCCAGCAGUACCAGGAUGAAGACUUCGCCGGUCUCUCGGGUGCCCGUAUUGUCCGUAUCGCGACAAACCCCGAGUACACCAACAUGGGUUACGGAUCCCGCGCCUUGGAGCUGCUGGUCGACUUCUACGAAGGCAAGUUCACCAGUCUCUCCGAGGACAUCCCUGAGCCCCAAGAGGAGAUGGUGCGGGUGACCGACGAGGAACUCACCAACACCAACCUGCUGGAGGACAACGUCCAUGUUCGGGACAUCCGCACAAUGCCACCCCUGUUCGGCAAGCUGUCGGAGCGUCGACCCGACGCUCUCGACUAUGUUGGUGUCAGCUUCGGUCUCACCUCGUCUCUGCACAAGUUCUGGAAGCGCUCCGCCUUCUCCCCCGUCUACCUCCGCCAGACGCCCAACGAUCUGACCGGCGAGCACUCCUGCGUGAUGCUGCGCACCCUCACCACCGGCACCAACGACGCCGCCUGGCUGGGCGCCUUCGCCCGGGAUUUCCACAAGCGGUUCAACGCUCUGCUGUCCUACCAGUUCCGCGACUUCCCCUCGGUGCUCUCCCUCAGCAUCUGCGAAUCCGCCAAUGCCGGUGCAAAGCUUGAUGCCUCCUUCGCCCAGGCCCUCCUGGCCAAGUCCGACCUCGACGCCGCCUUCUCCCCCUUCGACCUCAAGCGUCUCGACAGCUACGCCAACAACCUGCUCGACUACCACGUCAUCCUUGACAUGGUUCCCACGAUCGCGGAGUACUACUUCUCCGGCCGCCUCAACGGCAAGGUCAGCCUCUCUGGCGUGCAGCAAUCCAUCCUGCUCGCCAUCGGUCUGCAGCACAAGAACCUGGACGCCCUGGAGAAGGAGCUGAGCCUGCCGUCCUCCCAGCUCCUGGCCAUGUUCCUUAAGAUCGUCCGCAAGAUGUCUACGCACUUCCGGAACCUCGUGGAAGGCGCCGUCGCCGAGACCAUGCCCGCCGCGAAGGCCCCGGUCGCCACCGAGGCCCACGACGAAGUGAUCGAGCAGCGCUUCAAGCCUCUGGAAACGGGUCUGGAAGACGAACUCCGCGAAGGCGGCCAGCAGGUCGACGACGAGCUGCGGGAGAAGCAGCGCGCCCUGAUCGACGCCCUGCCUCUUGACAAAUACGAGAUCAACAACGGUAGCGCCGCAUGGGAAGACGCGGAGAAGCAGAUCCGCAACGGCGGAGCCGCCACAGUCAGCGUCAAGUCGUCCAAGCAAUCGAAGCGCAAGAAGGGCGAGUCGGCGCGCGAGAUCUACGACGAGGAGAUCGACUCGAAAAGACAGAAGAUCAUCAAGAAGGGCACGGAGGGAAAGAAGAAGAAGCAGCACUAGACUGUUGAGUAGCGAGUAGAAGUUGCUGUCUGCCAGUGCCGUCCGUCUAUCUCUGCCUGUCUGUCCUAGUUUUGAAUGCGUGGGGAUGCAUCGAGCUGACGGUGUUAUUUGGUGCGAUGAUUUAUUUCAUUCCAUUAUUUUGGAUUCUUUGUUUUUUUUUUUUUUUUUUU